AUGGAGGACGACCUGGAGACCGGGGAUCUUUUCAAAGAUCCCGAAGGAUUCUAUGAGGAGGAGAAGCCACCAACUUUCGCAGAGCAUCAGAUGCUCUGUGGGAAGACGGUGCGAGUACGUCUGGUGGGCAGCCACCCGCUCUAUGGAAACUUGCUCUGGAACGCCGGUCGAACAAGCUCUCACUACAUCGAGGACCACACGGACGACCUGGUGCGCGACAAGGAUGUCCUUGAAAUUGGUGCCGCCGCAGGCGUGCCCAGUAUCGUGAGCGCCAUUCAGGGCGCACGUACCGUGGUCAUGACCGACUACUACGAUCCAGACCUGGUCUCAAACAUGCAACACAAUGCCGACCUAGCCUUCGAUAUGAUUCCCAAACGCACCGACUCCCAAAAACGACUGCAUGUCGAAGGAUACAAGUGGGGGAAUCCAGUCGAGCCCCUUCUGGCUCACGUUCCUUCUCCUGCGCCAGGCGAACCUGCCGGCUUUGACCUGCUCAUCAUGGCGGAUGUGAUCUACAAUUACCCCGAGCACGCAAACCUGGUCAAAACAAUGCAGCUCACGUUGAAAAAGACGGCCGAAGCGGUGGCACUGGUGAUCUUCACACCUUACGAGCCGUGGCUCCUCCCUCAGACUGAGAAGUUCUUUCCGCGGGCGGAAGAAGGUGGAUUCGCGGUGACCAAGAUCUUUCAAAAAUUGAUGGACCACGCAUUGUUUGAGAAUGAUCCGGGUGAUGAAACUCUUCGUAAGACAGUCUUUGGCUACGAGCUAAGAUGGAAACCGGAAGAGUUGAACAGUAGUGUAUCUGAGCCAUCAUGA